AUGGCCUUCUUUGUCAGAGCCCUAGAAAAUAGAUAUCGCGGAUUAAGUCGUGAAAGGGAGAAAGCAGCUUCGAUCCGUUACUAUGUCGAUCAAAGCCUAUGCUAUCUAGGCUUAUUAUUUUUCGAUCUUAAACCCCGUGGACCGUUGCACUCUGACCAAGGGCUCUGGGAUGAGUAUGUUUUGGCCUAUUUUGGAUUUAUAGAUAUGCAUGUAGAAUGGAAAAAGUUGCUCCGGGAGCGCUUAGACGUAUAUAGCGAGGCGCACGAAAAUGCUAAGGCAUUCUGGACGGAUAUGUGUAAUCUAAGACAGUACCCAAAUUUGGAUGAAAAAGGUCAGCAAACCUUGGAGAGACUGUUCUAG